UUAAGUUUUGUGUUUUUGUUCGUUUUGUAUUUUCUGUGUUGUUGUGGAGCUAUAUAGGAGCUCCUAGGUUGGUUGUAUUGUUGUAUAUUUGUUGUAUGUGUUAUUUUCUGGAAUAUAAUAACAUUAAAGCCAAGUGACUAUAAAUUAAUAAACACAAGGGAAAAUUCCAAACAAACAUUUACAAUUUGUUUUUAUUCACAACAAAAAACACUACAUAACCGUUUUAUAGAAUAAAAGGGUACAGGAUAUUACUAUUUGUUAAGGGGUAUUGUUGAUUGUUUUUAUCAAAGUGCAUUCCUACAGAUGUCAGUACUCUACAAAGAAUGUUUAAAUCUCAUUAAAAAUAGUGAGGUUAUGUAUCAACAGAGUAAUUUAAAAAAAGUAGUUUUUUAAAAAAAAAUUCACAAGUAUUUGAACUGUUUUGGAGUUUAUUGUUGGUUAUGAAAUCAAAAAUUAAAAUGGAUAUGUUAAUUGGAAUAUUAUUUGCUGUUAUAAUGGUUGUUGAUAAUAUUGUUGGUGUUCAAAUUAAUUAUGUACGUGUACCACCUGCUGUUCGAAAUAAUUCUGGUCAUCCAGUGGUAUUGGACUGUGAUUAUACGGUAAAACCAGAUGAUACUGGUCUAGUAAUAAAAUGGUUUUUAAAUGGUGCACCAGCUGCAGUCUAUCAAUGGAUACCACCGAAGCGACCACAAAGUUUAGGUCCAUUACGUGGCCGUUUAGAUUUAAAUUAUAAAGUGUCUGACGAUCCAAAUACAAUGCAUCGAGCGUUGAAAAUCUUAAACCCAACAACAGACAUAUCAGGGGAAUAUAAAUGUUUUGUAUCGACGUUCAAUGAUGAGGAUUUUAGCGCGAGAAAUAUGAUUGUAUUCGAACCAGAACAGCAGCUCGUACUACGUCAAAGUCCACCACUUUUAGGGGUGGUAAAUAUCUCCUGUCGAGCGACCGCUGUGUAUCCCCAGCCGCACAUUACCAUCUACAAUGAUCCUGACAAAAAGUCCAGAAAGUCAAUUCCCGAUGCAGAGGUAACGUCACGAUUACGAAAUGAUGGACGAUAUGAUGUAACUGUAACAGCAACGGUUAGUGAAACAGAAUUAACAUCAGCGUCAGUAUUUGACUGUGAAAUGUCAAUACCAAAUACAAAUUAUAAAAAAAGAACAAGUCGUGUUUAUUAUCCAGAAGGAAGCGACUACUACAGUGGUAGUGAAAAACUGAAAACAAGUGGUUAUCAUAUAUUAAGUGCAGUUCCUUUAGUCAUUUAUCAAUUAUUAAAAUUCACAGAAACAUUCCACUGUUAAAAUUUAGU